UGGCGAAUCGCGUGGGUUUUGGGGUGAGAUAUAAAGGACGAGAAAUCCCAGGCCAGUUUAUUGUUACGCGUCUGCUGUCACCAACCUCUUCCCCUUCACACUGAAUCACACCGUGAUGGACUUCCUACCACUGACGCUUCUCUUAGUUCUGGGACUGUCACUGGCUUCGCCGUCGAGUCUCGGUAAUGAAACCACUACUUCUAUUAUCCUUGACUGUCCAAUUCCAUACCAGGACGUAAUGGGUCGGUGCGUCCACGUCAGCGUUAUUGGGGUAGGAACCUGGCACGACAUGAGGAGUUACUGCCACAGCUUAGGUGGAGAAAUGAUAAAAAUCGACAGUGCAGACUUCAUGUAUGAGUUGCUCCAGUUCAUCAAGAGCGAAGGUAUUGAAGUCCCCAAUUUCUGGUUAGGCGGCUCCGACGAGGUGCAGGAGGGAGAUUGGAGAUGGACAGACAACACCCAGAUUAAGAUGGGAGCUCCCUUCUGGGCCAACCUGUGCGGUGAGACCGGCGAAAUCAUUUUGCAGCCAGGCGGAGGAACGUCGCAGAAUUGUUUGUGUAUAUGUUCUUCUCAGUCGUUUUACUUUAAUGAUAGAGGGUGUGAUGAACUAAUGUCAGUUAUCUGCGCCCUCCAAUAAGGAAAAUAAAUAAAAUAUAUAGCUGA